UCUAGGAUAUUUGCAGAAGAUGCUCCUACUACCAUUCCAUUUAACUGCACCUUACUGAACUAAAUUGAACGGAAAUGCAUAAACAUGUAGAAGACAGAGAGGGAAUACACAAUUGCCAACUAAAGAGAGAGUGACAAAUGACACCAUUGUAGAAAAAAUACAUUCUGGCAUCAAACUCUUUGGGCUUACUAUACAUGUAGCAUUAUCCAUGUAUUAUGGACAUACAGAAAGUUGUUGUCUAAAGUGGCGAGAACUUUUUUCUAACACCCAUGCGUGGUUAAAAAACUGCUGUCUGUAACCUGACUUAAUAAAGUGGAAAGUAGACGUGGGAGGGUUCAUGGGGUGGGUACCUGCUUCGAUCAGUGACACUGACUGGCUAAAGUAUAUGUCAAUCAAUUCCACUUUGCGCUGCGCUUCGGUAGUCGCUCUCCGCUUCUCAGAAGCUUGCAGGCGCACCUUAAACAGGGCAGUGAUGGCUUAAGGCGCACUCGAAACAAAACAUCAAGAUGUAAAGUAAAGUGCUCAUCUUAAUCAUCAGCUGCCUCCCCUGAACCAUAUGGGGUCACGGACGGAACCGAUUGUCCACGGCGCGCGCACAGUCGCCGGACUGUGAUCCUCACGGGCGGAGACAGACCCGUGAGACGCGUGAAAAUUAAUCAGAAAAAGUUUGGCCGUGGAGAAGUGAAGCAAAGGGACUAGAGUAACAGGGACAGGAAAUACACUGGCUCGCACACACUUGCGCUAGCGCACAGCUGGAACUGGCCGCCAGAGCGCCUAGCAAAAGACAGGCACGGAUACAAAGGCACGACGGCACAGUUCACUCCAGGCCACCUGGAAGAUGACCAGGCCAGAGAUGUAAUCAUAUUUUUUUCACAGAAGAAAAAUCGUUAUCGUAAAACAGCAGUGGGGCCGUUGUUUUUGCAACAAACUGAUGUGUCCACGUUGGCUCACGAGCACGCCAUCACUUCUUAUUGCUCUUACUAAAGAGUGAGAGCUACUUUUCCUUUGCACACAUAUUUCUACCUCAUCACCCAAGAUGGAGGAAAACGGAGACUUAGGACGAAGUGGGUGCAGCUCCCCGGACGGAGAGAACAGUCACCUAAGUGUGCUGAACUGGGAACAAGUGCAGCGGCUAGACACCAUCCUGACGGAGUCCAUCCCUAUCCACGGCCGCUGGAACUUUCCCACGCUCGAGAUGAAGCCGAGGGACAUAGUCAAAGCCGUCCGCAGCCGCAUGGAGGAACGGAAGAUCCCCGUCCAUGAAGUGCGACUGAACGGUUCGGCGGCUAGCCACGUACUGCAUGAAGACAGCGGCUUGGGGUACAAGGACCUCGACCUCAUCUUCUGCGCAAAUCUCACAGAGGAAGAGCAGUUUCAGACCGUGAAGAAUAUUGUUUUGGAUUGUCUUCUGGACUUUUUACCCGAGGGUGUAAACAAGGACAAGAUAACACCGAUUACCUUGAAGGAGGCCUAUGUGCAGAAGAUGGUGAAGGUGUGCACGGCCUCUGACCGCUGGAGCCUGAUCUCCCUGUCCAACAACCGCGGCAAGAACGUGGAGCUGAAGUUUGUGAGCUCGCUGCGGCGGCAGUUCGAGUUCAGCGUGGACUCCUUCCAGAUCCGCCUGGACUCGCUGCUGUUGUUCUACGAGUGCUCGGAGAACCCCAUGGCCCAGACGUUCCACCCGACCAUCGUGGGCGAGAGCGUGUACGGCCCGUUCGGCCAGGCGCUGGAACACCUGCGGCGCCGGCUCAUCUGCACGCGGCGGCCCGAGGAGAUCCGCGGCGGAGGCCUGCUCAAGUACUGCCACCUGCUGUCGCGGGGGUUCCGCGCGGCCUCGCCCGAGGCCAUGCGCAGCUUGGAGCGCUACAUGUGCUCGCGCUUCUUCAUCGACUUCCCGGACGUGGCCGAUCAGCGGCGCAAGCUGGAGUCCUACCUGCAGAGCCACUUCGUGGGGCACGAGGAGGGCAAGUACGAGUACCUGAGCAUGCUGCAUGGCGUGGUCAGCCAGAGUACGGUGUGCCUGAUGGGACACGAGAGGCGGCAGGCCCUGGGGCUCAUCGCCACGCUGGGCGUGCGGGCGCUGGCGGAGCAGAACGCACUGCCCAGCGCCGCCAAUGUCACCUGCUACUACCAGCCUGCGCCCUACGUCGCCGACAGCAACUUCAACAACUACUACGUGGCGCAGGUGCAGACGGUCUACGCCCCGCACUAUCCACCACACCACCCCACACAUUGGCUGCCCUGCAACUGAAUGUGUGUGUGUGUGUGUGUGUGUGUGUGUGUGUGUGUGUGUGUGUGUGUGUCUGUGUGUGUGUGUAUGUUUGGUAAAGAUUCACCGGUGGCUGCUUCUGUGGUGCAAUAUGCUGGUGUCACAAACAGCACCACACAAUGCCCAGCUUCGUGGGGGGG